CCCUAUAAAUUGUAUUGUAGGUACGAGUGUGGCUAUAAAAAUUUUUCAUUUAAUUUACAAAAAAGUGCGUUGUCUUUUAGAUUUAAAAGAUUAAAAUUUAAAAUAUUAGAAUAACAUAAAUUUUGGCAUUAUUUUAUAAAUAAUUUAUUUAAAUAACUAUGCAAAUCAAGUAAAUACAGAAAAAUUGAAGCGAUAUCUACGUAAUGAGUUCGCGAGUGAAAGAGGAUGUACAAAAACUUUUUGAGUUUUGGUGCGAGGUCACAAAAGCAGAAAGUGGAAAUGUGUUAAAGCAAGCUGGGCACAUUAUAGAAAGCUUUCCAGAAGGUUUUAAAGAUGAACAAAUCAUUGGAAAAAUUCCAGAGUUCGCAUAUCCAUGCGAAUUUGAAAAUGAGUCUGUUCAAACAUAUUCAUUCGUUUUAACAAGUGAUGAUUCCAAAUGGCGCUUUGGUUUUUGUCGCCAUGAUCCUAAAACUCAAACAGCUAUGGUUAUAAUAACAUAUUUACCAUGGCAUGACACAUUUUUAAGACUGUUAGGUGUAUUAGGUGAAUUGCGACGCAAAAACAAUGGCGAAUUUGAAUUAUUCUUAUCUGAAGCAUAUAGCAAAGGAGUUCCAGAACCUGGAGCAAGCCUUAAAUUGUUUUUCAAUGCUGGAGAAAAUCACUUCAUAUUUCAACGGCCUUCACAAUUUCAACUUCCUAGCAUACCAGAAAAUCACAACUUGAAUUUAUAUUAUAAUUUUGUGGAUCCAAAGAAUAUGAUAUCAGUAUUUGCUGCGAUGUUAUCAGAACGUCGUAUUAUAUUUACAUCACGUCGUCUCGAUAAGUUAUCGUCAUGCAUUCAAGCAGCUAAUGCAUUUUUAUAUCCUAUGGUAUGGCAACAUAUUUUUAUACCCGUUCUUCCUAUGAAACUUAAAGAUAUAUUGAGUGCACCAAUGCCUUAUUUGAUUGGAGUACCUGAAGCUGUUUUGGAAACGAUGACACCAGAAGAAUUAGGUGAAGUUGUCAUUUUAAACUGUGAUAAGAAGCUUUUUGAAAGUCCAUUCGAUGAUGUACAAGAAAUGCCACCGGAUUUAGUACAUCAAAUGAAAAAAUCCCUAUCUAAUCCACACGAUCACAUUGGUGAUCGUGUGUCUAGAAUAUUUUUAAUCGCACUAGUGCAACUAAUUGGUGGUUACCGUGAUGCAGUUCGGUUUCCGUAUGGUCAAAAAAUUCAGUGGGAUCAAAAGGCAUUUAUUGAAUCUAGACCACCACAUUUAAGAUCAUUUUUAGCACGUAUGAUGGAAUUACAAAUAUUUCAACAAUUUAUUGAAGAUAGGAUACAAAUGUUAAGUAGCGGCUUAGGAUUAUCUGAUGAAUUUGAACUAGAAACAUUAAAGCAAGCUGAAAAAAUGAAUAAACGUGGUCGUAAUUACAAGGAAUUUUUAAGAAAUGUUAAAGAUAAAUUACUGUUUCGAAAAAUACGGAAAAAUCAACGUUAUCGGACCACUGAGAUGACUAAUCCAGCCGUAAAAUCAGCUGUUAAAUCGGUAAAAGAGGGGAGUCGUGGCGUUAAAACUGCUUAUAAAGAUUUAAAGUCAAAAUUUCGCGAUGUUACACCACCAAAAUCUCAAUUUCAUAUACAAACUUCAUUGGGAUAUAAUUACAGUGGCACAUCUGGUUAUCAUAGAUCAGCACCAAAUUCACCAGUAAUAUCAAGACGACAAACUACUCCCGAUUAUAAUGUAAUUAACAAUCAUGGCGGAACACUUCCUAUUGGCACAAAUGAAAUUCUUUUUUUAACAACAUCGGCAUCUAAUUCAUAUUUAGAAAAUGGAUACUCAACUGAUCACAAUAUUGUAAAUAAUAAUAAUUUAAAUUUAAGUCCAACAAUUAGCCCAUCAAGUUCCUUAUGCUCAUCAGACAUGAACUUGACACAAGAACUCCAAAAUCAUCCAUUAUUUAAAAGUCCAGUUGUUGAUAGAAGUCUCAAACCAAGUGGCAGUUUAGAUUCUGGCCGUUUAAACUCAGCACGUUAUGGUAGUGCAAUUAGAGCACCCACUACUCUCUUAAAUACAAAUAGUCAAACAAAUAAAAUAGCUACACAUAAUGAAAUAGAACAAUCUGAUAUAGCUACAGCUCGAUCACCACUAAAAAAUUAUUCAGCUCAAAAUAUAUUGGACGUUCCUAUGGGCAAUUUAUGUAUCGUUGAUUUAGAUGAAACGGAAGAAAAUAAAGAAGAUUUAUUUGCAAUUGUAACGACAAAUUCAAUAUUUGAUAUACCACCAGAUAUGCCUUCACCACCUGUACCACCACCACGUUCGAAUAGUAAUCGCAAUAUUAACAAAGUUAUAAGUAGAAAUAACAACAUCAAUAUGAAUCAUGGUAAAAGAUUAGAACAAGAAAAUAGCGAUAAUAAAAAUUUUAUAGGCGAUAAUAUAACUGAACGUAAUAAAGAGGAUAUCUUAUUAAAUGAAUUUGAAAAUAAUUUUGUUGAUCAUAACACAGUCGCAAAACCAAUGCAAAAAAAUAUAUAUUCAGUGCAGAAAAAAUUAAGUGCUCCAAAUAAUGAAGGUAAGAGUAACGAAUUCUUUUGUAUAAAACCACCGCCUAGUAGACCAAAUAGAAGUGCACAUCAUAUUAGCAUUGCAAAGCAACAGCAACAGCAACUGCAAAAAAAGACUAUAAACAAUGAACCAAUUCCAAUACCAACACCAAGACAAAAACCUAAAGAGUCUUCCCAAUCUUUGCAAACGCCAACAGCUGAAACUCCUAUUGAUUUGAUUAAUUUAGAAGAUGGUAGUAGUAGUAGCAAUAAUACAAGUUUUGAAAUUGAAGAUUUUGAUCCAUUAAAUCAAAAUGCCAAGCCAAUUCCACAAUUAAAAUUAGAUAUACCAACACAAUCUUCACCAAUAAGGCCAGUUUCUAUACCUACUUCAAUUGUAAUUGGAAGUUCAAGAAAAUCUCCAAUACCCCAAUUAAAUAAUAUAGGAAAAGUAAUACCAACUUCAACGGCAGCAAUGUCAUCUAGUAUUCCCUCUUAUAUUUCCAAUUCAAUGAACAAAUCAACUUUAUGUAACACAGACUCAAAUAGUAUAGCAGGAUGUACAAUACCUCCUAUUCAUGGUCCUGUAUUGCCGUAUUUUACUCCUCAACAUAAUCAACAUAAUCGGAAUCAACAAGGUAUUGCUCAGAUUUUAAAUAAUGGUAUUAAUAAUGUGAAAAAUGAAGGUGAUGAUGAAAUUGAACUGUUAAGAAAAUACGGUUUGGAUCAAUUUACUUUAAAUAAAAACGGUAAAAAUGAAGUGUUUGGCGAAAAAGUUUUAAUAAAAAAUAGUGAUAUUCUUGUAAAUGGUAUUGACAAUAGGGACGGUAGCAAUAGUGUUGCUAAUUCAAUAAAUAGUUGGACUACUUUUGAUUGAAAAUUUGUUUAUUUAUUAUAUAUAUGUAUAUAUAACAGAUAGUUCUUUCAUUAAUUUAUAGUAUAUUUAAAUUUGUAUAAAAGACAAUAUUGGAAAUAAAGGAUUUUUUGCGAAUUAAAUUAGUACACAAAUAAAAACGAAAACUUUGAUUUUAGAGCUCUUAGUAGAACAAGAAAAAAUACAUACAAAUAACACUUACAAAAAAAAACAAUACAUAUUUUGUAAUGGUAUUUAACUUGUGAAAAUGUACUGCAUUUUAAUUUUUAAUUAAAGUAAGUGCUUGAUUGAAAAAAAAUUGGCUUAUGUGUUGGUUAUUUUAUUUAUUAAAUAAGUAAUAGUGUAUCAAAAGAAGUAAAAUUUUGCUUUAAAGCCACAUUUGUUCUAUGUCAUUAAAUUCAAACAAAAUUGUGAACAUAAAGUAUGUACUCGUAUGGUUAUGUACAAAUAUUUUCUCUAACAAAAAAUGUUAGAGAAAUACUGAAAACGAAGAAAUGGGAAAAACAAAAAUUCUCCAGUUAGAUAGCAAACCAUUGAAAAUCGUUCAUCUUUUAUUAAACCUUUAAAUUUUUAUAAUCAGUUUUAAAUUGAAUUUAAGAAACAAAUUUAAACAUCCACUUUGAAUAAAAUUAUAAAUUGAAUUAGAAGUUAAUAAAAUGCAAAUUAAGCAUUUAAUUUAAAUUUAAUUUUUAUACUGUAGUAUAAGGUUGUCUAUAAAGGACAGGUUUUAAAUACUAAAAUAUUAAUAAAUUACACAAUACACAUUUGAAAUUAGUUAAACUUUUCUUCAAACAAUUAUUAAAUCAAAAUUCUUUUUUUUCUUUUUUUCUUUCAAAAUUAAAAAAAAAAGUUCUUUUUUUUUUUAAUUUUGUAAUAAUAAUUGUUUUUAAUGGCAUAUUUGUAUGAAAAAUUUAAUUUAUAAAAUUUAUUGUAUCGGCGUACAUAAAUAGACGACAUAAUAUAAUUUUGGAAAAAAUUAGACUGACACUCGUAUUGGACAAUAUUAUUUAAUACCAUUAAGUAAUUAAAUAUUAAUUAUUGCACUAUACAAAACGGCAAUCAAUUUUGUAAAAAUAUCUUUUUUUUUGUUGCCAAAACAAUUUACUAAUUUUUUUUUUAGUUAUUAUAAUAUAUCUAUUAUAACAUAAAUGUGUACAUUUUUACAAACAUAAAAUUAUUUCUUGAAUUUAUUAUAAUAAAUUAGUUGAUAAUCAUUCUUAUAUGAUAUUGCUCAAAAAAUUGUAAACUCUAAAAUAUAAUAUUUAAACUAAUAUUACAAUUUAAUGUAAAAUUAAAAUACAGUUCAAAAGAGUAUUGUAUACGAAUAAAAUUAAUCUACUCAAUAAAUAAAUACAUACAUCUAAAUGCAACAGUAAUAAAUUUAGAAAUAAUCGGGCUUUUUUUCAAAAUUUUGUUCAAAAUAAAACUUUAGCCUUGAAUUUUAAUAAAUUAAAAAAUUGUGUAUUAAUUUGUUAAACAUUUCAUUAGUUUUUAGCUAAUUCACUUUGUUCUAAAAUUAUUUUAUUCAAAUUUACUUAAUUUAAAAUUUAUUUAAAAAUAAAACAUAAUGUCAAAUUGUAAAAAAGGGUUUCAACCUCUAAGAGCAUUAAAUUUAUAUUUGUUUCCAUAAAAUUUAAGAUUAUUUUAUAUAUUAAAUUUUUGUUUGAAUAGAGAAAGACUAGUUAAAUAAUUUAUUGAGUUAACAAUUUAAUUUUAUCUCAAAAUUUCUUUGUUUUUGAUUUAGUUAAAUAUUCUGUUUUCA